AGAGGCUCCAGGGGCCCCCCAUGGGGUCCUCUGUGGUGCUGGCCACUGCGGGGUAUGACCACACCAUCAGGUUCUGGGAGGCCACCUCCGGCAUCUGCUACCGCACGCUGCAGUACGCGGACAGCCAGGUCAACAAGCUGGAGAUCACGGCUGACAAGACGCUGAUCGCGGCGGCGGGCAACCCACACAUCCGGCUGUACGAGGUCAACUCCAACAACCCCCAGCCCAUCAUCAGCUACGACGGCCACACCAGCAACGUGACGGCGGUGGGGUUCCAGAAGGACGGCAAGUGGAUGUACAGCGGCAGCGAGGACGGCACAGUGAAAAUCUGGGACCUUCGGGCGCCGGGGUGCCAGCGCGAGUACGAGAGCCGUGCGGCGGUGAACACCGUGGUGCUGCACCCAAACCAGGGCGAGCUCAUUUCAGGGGACCAGCACGGCAACAUUCGGGUGUGGGACCUCACGGCCAAUGCCUGCAGCUGCGAGCUGGUGCCGGAAGUGGGGACAGCGGUGCGCAGCCUGACCGUGGCUAUGGACGGCUCGCUGGUGGUGGCGGCCAACAACAGCGGCACCUGUUACGUGUGGCGCGCCAUGCGCGGCUCCUACCUCACCACACACUUUGAGCCGCUGCACAAGCUGAGGGCGCACCAGGGCUACGUGCUGAAGUGCAUGCUGAGCCCCGACGUGCGCCAGCUGGCCACCACCUCCUCUGACAAGACGGUCAAGCUGUGGAACCUGGAUGGCUUCACGCUGGACCGCACGCUGGCGGGCCACCAGCGGUGGGUGUGGGACUGCGUGUUUUCAGUGGAUGCAGCCUACCUCGUUACCGCCUCCUCCGACUGUACCGCCCGGCUGUGGGACCUGAGCACUGGCGACGCCAUCCGCAUCUACAGCGGGCACCACAAGGCCUGCACCACCUGCGCGCUCAACGACAGCGCCAUCGAGGGGCGGGACGACGGCUGA